GUAUUUGUGAAGGCCUUGUUCCCCUCUCUGCUUCCUCUCCCUAUUACUGCUGCCUGCAAUCCCUAUUCCUCUCCCGCUCCAGAUCCCACCCAAUACCCACCGGCGGGUGGCGAUCCGAUAAGGGCCGCGGAGCGGCGCUGGUCCGAUGUCGUACGCCGCCGCGGUGAACGUAAUGCUGGCGGUGCACGAGAAGAAGACGACCGCUGUCGAUCUCUACCGCCCUCUCCGCAACUACAUCGCGUACACUUUCUCCGAACACGACGCUCAGGUCGCCGAUGACGACCUCCAGACCAUCCGACAGCUUCGUCUCAACCUCGAGAAGCCCUCCCCCUCCUCCCUGGACCUCCGCCGGGACCUCCUCAUCUCGUACUUCCGCGCCAUCGCCGCCGUCGAACCCCGCUUCCCCAUCUCCCCCGACCGAUCCCACGUCCACUCCCUCACCUUCACCUGGUUCGACGCCUUCCGGUCCAACAAGAAGGCCGCGCUGCCCUCUAUCCACCUCGAGAAGGCCGCCGUGCUAUUCAACCUCGGCGCUGUCUACAGCCAGAUCGCCCUCGCCGCCGAUCCCACCUCUGCCGCGGGGCUCAAGCAGGCCUGCAACGGGUUCCAGAGUGCCGCGGGGGCAUUCGCGUUCCUGAAGGAUCAUGCGGCGCCGAAGGCAGUGGCUGCGGGGGCCACGGUCGAUUUGUCGGUCGAGUGUGCCGUGAUGCUGGAGAAGCUGAUGCUGGCGCAGUCUCAGGAGUGCUUCUUUGAGAAGGUUAUCGGGGAUGCAAAGCCCCCCGGGCUUUGCUCCAAGGUUGCUCGUCAGGUUGGAGUCUACUAUGAGGAAGCAUAUGCAGCGCUAAAUGCUUCUCCACUCAACCAACAUUUUGAUCGGACAUGGAUCUCUCAUGUGCAACUGAAGGCAGCCCAAUUUUAUGCUGAGGCUUGCUAUAGAUACUCUUUGGAGCUUCAUGAGAAAGAAGAAAUUGCAGAGGAAAUAGCUAGGCUCAGGAUUGGGAUAAGUGCUCUUGUCGAUGCAAAAAAAUCUGCCAAGGGUGUAGCUCAACCUCUACUUGAUGCUGCUAACAAACUAGAGACCAAUAUGAAUCAUAACCUAGAGAGAUCUGUGAAGGAGAAUGAUCGGGUCUAUCUCAUGCGGAUUCCAGCAGCUAGUUCUUUGGCAGCUCUUCCUGCAGCAUCUCUAGCAAAGCCCAUUCCUCUGGGAGAAGUUUUAAAUGCUAGCAAGGAGAAGUUUUUCUCAAACCUUGUCCCUGACAGUAGCACAAAGGCUCUGUCCAAGUACACUGAUAUGGUCGACAACAUUAUCCGGACCCAGCUGGAGAAGCUACAACAAGGGAGUGAGAUAACAAGGGUUAAACUCAAGGAGAUGGACCUGCCAGAUUCUAUCCUGGCGUUGGAAGGUAACUUAAGUUUGCCUUUGGAUCUCACAGAGGAUGUAGAGGCAGUACAAAUCAGUGGUGGACCAUCUGGACUGGAAACUGAGAUACAGCAGCUCAGGGACUUGAGGAGGGUCAAUCAGGAGCUGUUGGUCCAGGCAGAAGAGCUACUGCAGAAGGAAGCAAAUGCAGAUGCACAAUUCCGAAACCAGUUUGGAACAAGGUGGACUAGACCACAGUCAAGCACCUUAACAAAAAACCUACAGGAUAGAUUAAACAGGUUUGCUGCAAAUCUGAAGCAAGCAGCUGAUAGUGAUUCAAGGAUUGAUAGGGAAGUAAGAGGCAAUGGGGAGCUCAUGGCAAUCCUUGAUUCUAGACCGAUUGAAUCAGCCCUUCCAAGUCUUGCAAGGCCUAUCAUGUCUUUAGAUGGAAAUGAAGAUGCUAUAGUGGGAGCUCUCAAACAGAGCUUGAGGCAAUUGGAGAAUUUAGGAGAACAAAGGGCAGGCCUUGAAGAUAUGCUAAAAGAGAUGAAGAGGAAGGAUGAUAUACUGCCAAAGCUGAUGGCAAGCACUGGAUCACAAGAGGAUCUUUUCAAGAAAGAAAUUGCUAAGUAUGACCAAAUAUGUGAAGAAAUUGCACAAAAUAUUGAGGCACAGGAGCAAGUAUUGCUUCAACUUCAAUCAAAAAAUGAUGACUUUGCUGCUAUGUUCAAUCUGGAAGACUUCAAAGUUGCCCGUGAGAAGAGUUACAAACAGAUAGCUGCUGCUGUGGCAAAAUAUCGGGAAAUUAAGGAGAACAUCAAUGAGGGUUUGAAGUUUUAUGUUACUCUUCAGGAUGCACUUACAAAUGUAAAGCAGCAAUGCAGUGAUUUCAUCAUGACCAGAAGCAUUCAGUGCAGAGAGCUGAUCGAGGACGUGCAGAGGCAGAUAGCUGGACUCAACUUUGCAACUGAUGGGAAAACAGGCUACAACUACCCUUCUGGUGGGCAACUCAACCAUUCAAGGACGGAUGCUCAACAAGCUGAACCCCAGACCACACCACCUCCUCAUCCUCCACCAACUUAUCAGCAUAUACCUGCGGAGCAGCCGGGGCCAGGAUAUUUGCAGCCAUACCCUUCCACUGGGCAACCUGACCAUCAGAGGAAUACUCAACAACCUGAACCACAGAGCACUCCACCUCCUCCUCAUCAUCAGCCAUCCUACCACCGUUUACCUGCAGAGCAGCCAAGGCCUGGAUAUUUGC